AUGGGCCAGAGACAGCUCCUUUGUUUAGCCCGGGCACUGCUUCAUAAAACAACAAUACUUGUCCUGGAUGAGGCAACAGCUUCGGUGGACAUGGAAACAGACGAUUUGAUUCAGAAGACUAUUUGCACAGAGUUCAAGGACUGCACUGUCCUGACAAUAGCACAUAGAAUCAACACAAUAUUGAACUAUGACAGAAUCCUUGUACUGGACAAUGGUCAAGUCAAAGAAUUUGAUUCACCCAAAACUUUAUUAAAGAACAUAAAGUCAACAUUCUUCCGAUUAGCUAAAGAUGCUGGACUAGUUUCCUGAGCCAUGAAUUUACAUUGACAACAAAUAACAAACAAGAAGUUGUUUGUAGACAAACCCCUGACCAGGGUGAACAGAACUCAAGCCUGGAUUAAUGUUUUAAAAAACAAGACAUUUGUUUUAAUUUAUGAAACAUUUCAAGCAGAUGUUAACAGCUGAUUGAUGAAUUAGAACAGUUAAGAGACAUAUUCUAGUCAUAAUGUUCAAAUCCACAAAUCAGUUUGAAACUUGAACCAAAGUGUACAUUUUUGUAUUUUAUCAAUUUUAUUGAUCUUUAUAGUUAUAAAACAAAGUACCUCAUUACAUUAGCUUAGUUUGGGACAUUAGUCUUCUUGACUUUUGACUAGCCAAAUGCUAUAUUACCACAAGUUGUAACCAUUAAAAAUAAAAAGAAGUUAAAUAUAUAAACCCAAAGCCUUGGAAUACAUUUUAAAUAUUUAUUUUAAUGAACAAUAGCUUCUAAAGCACCUAGUGCCCCAGUGAAAAAUCCUGUAGAGAAAUUAAAGGGCAAUAACUUAAUGGUUCGAAUAAAGUGACUUUUUGAGAGCACACACAUUUGUUGUUGAUUAUUUUUUCCACUUGUAGUGUGUCAAGUGAUGCUGUCUGACCCCCAGUGACUUGGUCAUUGGGAGAACAUGAUGAAAGAGAGCACAUUGAU